AUGGGCAUGAUGAUCACCGGUAACUGCAUCCAUCUGUCCACAGUGAGUUUUUGUUGCAAUUCUAUUGUUGCAUUGCUUCAUUUAUUUUCAAAAUUAAUACACCCCUUGCCAUGCUGAAGCGUUAUUUAUCUGCUCCAGAUUUGGUUAUUGAUCUUCUGUACAAAAAAAAGGCUUUUUCAGUGGGCCUGGGUAACCAUUAGCAAGGAACAUUGAUGGUACCACAAUAACCACAGCAUUGCCCAACUCUGACAGAAGAGAGUGUAAUAGAACCCGGCUCCUUUUCCCAUUGCUUAUGUAUUUCAGUCAACUACAGAGCCUCAGUUUAUUCAGGGGUUUAUGGCUGACUUUCUGUGAAGUGCUCAUAUGCUGGUUUUGUGGCAUGCUGUGUGUGCAUACUGUGGCCAUAUAGGUAACUGUGUGGUAUUAAGCCUAUACACACCCUGCACCCUGAGGCUAGCCUACCAGGGCCCAUAGGUGAUAAAAACGACACAGUGAGAAAAACCAGAGAUGUACUAGUCUGUCUCUCUCUUUGCUCCAUUUUUUUUUUCAGUUGUAGUAAAGUUUUACCACGUUACCCCACCCUGUUAUGUGUUAGUGUGUGGGGUAGUUAAUUACAAUACAACACAGAACAGUCACAAAGUUUUUUUAGGCUGCAAGCUGAAAAAGCAUAAAGUGAAGAAUGCAGAGUCAUAAAGGAUAAUUCCUGUUUUGGGAGUUUUAUAUCGCAGCCCCCCAUGGACUCAGGAUGCCUUUGAACACAGACGUGCGGAAAGAGGUCUGCGCAAGGCGGGGUUAUGGUUUGCUUGAAGCGAAUACAUCUGCACAUAAGACAAAUAGUGACAGAGACAAAGAGAGAUUUAUAAACGUACAUGUUAGAGGUGAGAGAUAGAAAAGAGGGGGGAGGGUUUGGAUUCACAAAUGUGGGAACUAGAGAGAAAACCAGGGCAGCGUGGUACACUCAUAGUUUCCAAUGCAUCUCAUUCUUUUCCCCCAGUAAUCCACAGGUGGACCAUCACAAGCAGAUUCUGUCUCUAACCUCAAUGACUUAGUAGUUGUGCACUUUGCCCCAGUGCUGCUUUUUGGGAUUAAGAGUCCUAUAGAUUGUGCGUGAGCAAAUGGUUUGUCUUCCUGCAGUGCAAAGCUUUACCGUGUUUAGCCGCGAUGUUUAUUUGUGCAUUUGCGAGCCUGUGUUUGUGUGUGUCUUGGUGUGCAAGAGAGCGUUGCUGAGCUAUACAGUGCGGCCUACAUAGCCUAUAAUCCAGUCCAUGUGUGCCGAGAAUGCAGCAGUGUCAGGAUUCACCGUAAUGAAAGAGACCACACUGCCCCCUCUCUUUCCAUUUCUCCCUCUCUUUCCAUCUCUCCAUCUUUUUUCCAUCACUCUUGUUCUUUCCACCUCUGCACAGAUUUCACCCCCCACCCCCACCCCACCCCCCAUUAUAACAUAUAUUCCUUCAAGGUAAACCUCCAGCCGGGCCAGUCACUAGCCUACUGCUCUGGUGUCUACGAUCAGAUAUCCUGACGGUGUGUGUACGCACGUGUGUGUGUAUGUAUGUGUGCGUCGGUGCUCCUUAUCCCAAUCUAAUAGAAUAAGCCCGGCACAUUAGCCUUUAGCGCAGAGUGGUGUUGUGGCUAGCGAUAUCAGUGCUGCUCAUCUAUCCACUGCUGUUAUUCUGGCAGCGCACAAUGGGAGCGCAGCUAACGUGUAUUAGCCGCCCUCUAUGUGAGAACAGAUGGGAGCCAUUUAGCAGUGUGUAGCUACAGCGCAAUAAGGCCAGACCUAAUCCCCAUAUCCUGUCCCUGAGUGAGCCUUCCCUAAUAUGAGCAAACAGAGAUGACAGCACCGAUAGACAAAUAGCCGAGGAUCUGCGUGCAUGUGUGUGUCUCUCAUGUCUGUGUGUAGGCUUGUGAGUGAGCAAGCUUUGAUUGGUGAUUCUUCUGACCAACCUUGACUCCAAGUUUAAAGCUACAUUUUUGAAUUCCACAUAAACCAAAGUGCUGAGUUUGAGUUGGCAAGGUCUGAACUUCUGAGCGUCCAGGUGUGGAUUUGUGUUGGUUAGCUAUGGUUUUGUCUAAAAGGACUCUGGGCUCUGAUUGGCUCAUUGUAAGUUGUGUUUGUCCUGCUGUUGAUUACGGAGGUUUUGUUUACCCUCUUGGCCUCCCAGACCCCUUCUAAUGAAAUAAGAAUGUCCUUUUGGACAGGGAGCACGAGAGAAGGGGGUUGGAGGAGAAAGUGAAGGAGAACAUGGGGCCAAAGGAGCAAAGCAAGUGGGGGGAAGAGGUUUUCUGGAAACAUUAUGCUUUUAUCCCACCGUGAAGUUAUUUGUACUGAAUGAAGCGAAAAGAAGCUGAGAGGCUUUCCAAGUGGGGACAGAAAUAUGUUUGUGUACGCACGUGUGUGUGUGUGUGUGUGUGUCCAUGCAGGAAGGAGAGAGGCCUUGUUCAGGUUAAAACAAGUCGGGAAGAUAGCUUUUAUUUGCCCAUGCUGUGUUUGCACUGAGUACAGAUUUUGUGUGUCUAUAUUGUGUGUGUCAGUCGCCCUUACUUUAGAAAUAGGGGAGUGAGUUAGGUAGAAACUGAGCAACAGAUUUUCACUCUUUUUGACUCUUCUUCAUCAAAACUGACCUGCACCUGAUGGUCAUGAAGCAAAGUAACCACUGACUGUGAAUUUAGUUGACAAAUAUGAUUGAUUCCUCAAAAAGCUGCUUACUUAAGGAGUGGGCUUGUGGUCCCAUGCGAUGGUGGUAUCUGUUUGAAGAAGUGGGGGACGGGACGCUUUAUAAAAAGAGGCUGAAAAUUAGAAAUUGGCUGGUUCAGGUUUCACCUUUCAUACCGUGAAUUCAGAAAUUUCAAAAACACACAUUUUACAGGCAAGUCCUACAAACAAACUCCUUUUUUUCUAACUUCUUAAUUGAACCACGGGUUUAACACUCGGUCUACCAGAAUUCUAAAACUGCUCAGUCUUUAUUUCCACAUAAAUGGGAUAAUCGAUGAUAAAAACUAAUAAUAAACUAGUGGAAUAGAUAAAAAACACAUCAGGACACAACAUAAAAAUUAUAAUGAAUGAGAUUUAAAAAAAAAAAAAAGUACAAAAAAAAAUUAGAGCAGGAGAAAGAGCAGGAAAAUGUAGCAAAUAGUGAAAUAUAACACCCUUUGUGAAAAGCAUGCAGUCAAUUUGACUGCUCUGGUAGUUUGAGGUACUCAGAUCUCUUUUGUGUUUUGAAAUUUUAAUGAUAAAACAAUGUUAGAAUAAUAUUUAUACACAUUUAGGAAAAGUUAGGGUGCGACUGGUGUAUAGGUUUUAUUUAAAAAAAUUUAUGACAUUGAUAAUUUUGAAAGCAGUCAAAAUGACUGCCUUGCUGAUUCGAGUGUUAAAUUGAAUCAUUCGAUAUGUAUACAAAAACACUUCACUGAACUCUAUAUUAUUUUGUGGUUAUUUAUUGCCCAAACUAAUGAUUUAUGACACAAUGAUACGCCUGUGACCCGGAGCUGCACCCAGCAGUGCUGCCUAUUAUUUACAAUGAUGCUACAUUUUCCUAUGCAAACGUUAAACUCUGUAAAACUUGACACAACUUUGACACAACAGCCAAAGACUCAGUCAGCUGAUAACUCACUCAGGACAAAGCAUCUUGUUGUUCAGCUCAAAUGUCAUUGUUAUUUCCAACGCUCUGAAUACACACAACCAAGGGGUAGGGGCCUUUUUUUUUUUUUCUCACAAUCCUCCAACAUAGCUUUUGGUGUGCAGCAGACCAUCAUGCUCACAAAUAUUAAUGAUUAAUUAGUGCCAUGCGCUGCAGACUGUGUUUUUUUUUGAUGACGUCACUGAAUUGGCCAAAAGUCUGUAACACUGCAAUAUUGCAACUAUGGCACUGGACAGCACCACACAUCAAACAAUCAGGUCAACAGCGACAGGUCAGAGGUCAAUAGUCUGCUCUCUUAUAUGUCUGUUAUUCACAAGACAGCUUAAAACAAAGGAGCAUUUAGAGUGAAAAUGGUAAAACAAAACAAAAAAAAAAGACACAAUAAAAGUGAUAAACAUGUUGAUGAUGCAUAGUCUGUUUGUAGUAAUUAGCGUCUUUUAUUUUAAACUAUUAAGAUAAAAGUUUACAAUUAACGGUUCAAUUCCAUCAGCAUCCCCUGAACCCAUGCCCCAGAGUUCCAGCUGUGUGUAUGUAUGUAAACACUGUGCACAUGCACACACAUACUUAGAGUGUGUGGAUGUGGGCUGUGUUUGGGUGUGUUGCUCCUUCCUCACGUGUGUAGCUUCGCUGCGCUGCAACUCUUUGGUGACCAGUGAACCGCAGCUCGGAGGUCAGCGGAGGCGUCUGACUGCGUCCAUCCCUCAGCCAGCUGUCGGUAUCAUCAGUCUGUGGGGGUCAGAGGUUGUUCCACCAGGUUGAACAUGAGUGGAGAGAAGUCAGUAACUCAGCAACACCUGAGAAACAACAUCUGGGCGAGCUGUGUAUUGUAUCUUUUUCUAUAUGUGUCUUGAAACAACGCUCAAAGGGCCUCUUCUCCUUUUAGCGCAGUGAUCGUAAAAGAAAGGACACAUAGAUGCUGAAACUCUAACAGGUUCAGUUACAGAACGAACACAUCCAAAAACCCUUUUAGUGUUUUGUGUAAGAUUAUAUAGGGAAUAUUUGUCAUUCCUACAUCGUGACGAAUUACUAGACUUGGUUUAAAUGCCAGAGAUGUUAUUAGCCAAGUAGGAAAGUGAAUAACAGUGAGAGCUGCUUUGUUGCUGUCAAUGUGUGAAGCUGUAGACAGACAGGACCCAGAGACUCCUCCUCAAGCCCAUCAGACAGCGCACGAGGUGGUAUUUAAGGAAGGAGGCUUGGGGGGGGGGGAAGAACUGGCAAUUUUGUGAAGCAGACAAGUAUAUUCAUGCUUUUUUUGUGUGGUUUACUUGAUGUUGUGUGCAGAAGAGGACAGUUAGACACCUGAUGUGUGGAUCAUAAGACAGUUUGUCUGAGUAAGCUCCCCUUUUCACACCCACAACACACUCAUUACACACGCAGAUAUGGCCACACACACACACCUACACACUACAAAUGUGCAGGUGCAAAGACUGAUAUUAAGGUUUUGUAAUUCCAGUUCUAUGAUGCAAGUAAAUCACUGCCUCAAAAGUGCCUAUCCAUGCAGGGGAAAUAUGAGUCUCUUUUCUCUCAACCAAGCCACCCAAGUGGGACCAAGACAAACCACAGUGGGCAAUGAGCCCAGACGUUAUCUCCGGUCAUCCUGUCCAGUGCCCCGGAGUUACUGAAGAUGCACUUUCAAAAUGAGUUUGACUUUAAUAUCAUUCAAGGAUUUCAUUUUAUUAGGAGUUUAGCUCCACUUUUGUUUGGUACAGUAUUCAAUUUUAGGAGCAUUUGUAUCACAAAAAUGUGACUAUAAUCCUUGAAUUUUAAAAGUUGGGUCAAGCGUGACCCAUUUCCUCGUAAAAGUUUAAUAAUUUAUACAGUCUGGUUGUCAUCCUGAUUCAACAAAUAACAUCUGCACUGCACACUUUUGAGCAUUUUGACUUCACAGAUUUUACAGGAUUGAGCUGAAAUGUGGCGAUUUAGUGUUUUCAGAGCUAGUGGCUGUUGUUUGGGGUUUUAUUUCAAGUGCACAAAUGUGUUUUUCAGAAGACAGUGAGCUUUUGUUUUUCUUUAAUGUGGGCAUAAUUGAAAUAAAAGUAUAGGGUAAGGGCUUUUUCAUUUAUGACCUUCAAUUCACUGGCUUAGUUUGAUCGUCACAACAAUUCUGCAUGAAACAAUGACACUAAAGACGACGUAGUCUGAUUGGUUGGGAGUGUGCACACAGAUUAACAUGAAAAGGAUAUGUGGUUAUUGUUUGGAUCGGUUGCUUAUUAAAACUAAAAGAAUGAAGUUUUUGUCUUAAGAUUAAAUUGGAGAUGACAGGACAACCACUUUACAUCUGCACCAUGGUUUUGCUCCAUUUGAGGGCAUGUGCCGUACACUUGUGGGACAGUUUCUUGAGGGCUAUGUGGAGGAUUUUUUUUAUUUGUUUGUAAAUAUAUUUUCAUAUGUAAAAAUAAAUAUAGGUUGGAAGUAUGACGAGUAUGAGACCACUAAACCACUGAAUUUUAAAGUUAUACACUUAAACUAAUUUUGAUCAUUUUCAAAUUCAGGAUUUUGUGGGUAUGGUUGAAAGAGUGACACUGGGGUUCCCCAUAACUCUAUAAUAAUAAAAAAAAAAACAGAGCUAGCAUCAGUGUUUUGAGAGUACCACCUCAGAGCACCAAGUACCCUGUAGAAAAAUUGUGACGUGCUUAAGUCACUUUGUGUUUUUUGUGAUGCACUAAAGUUACUGUUAAGCUAAACACUGAAUAUUUCUCUGGCAGAUUGGAGCUGAGAGAAACUUCUGGAACAUAUUUGAAAUCUACUGCUAAACACAAGCACUUCUACAAAUGUUUAAAUCGAUUUAUUGACUUUCAGACUUUUUAUUUUGUAUUGUUUUUAUAAUAUGCACUUUCCCUUGAGGAAUAGACUUAAUAGUGCAAACAACAGACUAUUUAUGUAAUUUUUGUAAACAAGGGAGAAAACACUGUGCAGAUAAAUGUAUUCAAUGUUUUACCCAUUCAUGCUUAAAAAUGUAUUUUAAUGAGAAAACGAUGUGAAGUUGCAAUCUUAGAGCCUUAAAUCAAAUUAAAUCUCAGAUUUGGAUAACACCCUGACACCCUGAGUGUUUCUAUGAGGUGAAAUACUUCUACUGAACCACCUCAUCCUCCCCUCUCUGUCUGAACAUGCCAGAUGUGAUUCAGUCCAAGUCUGUAAACUCCUCUCUGGUGUGCUCUGUGUGCAGAAAUGAGACAGCCAGCCCACAGUCAUAAAUCAGUACACCUCAAGCUGUCGCUAUUUUUCACCCUUUUUCUCCUCUACUUUUUAAAGCCUGUGCAUCUUAGGGACAGCUGUGCCCAGAAGCGUUAUAUACUUGGAGAGUUCAUGUAUUUAUCUGUUUGUACAUCCUUCUGAUUCUUUGAAUGUAAUAUCACAGAAACCUCCAGGGAAUGAGUCUACUUUGGCACAAGUUCAUUUAAAGUGUGGUGUACUUUUCCAAAACGUGUUCUUCCAUACCACAAAAUUCAUACAAGAAGAUCUAAUUAAAUCGUCAAUUUAGGGGUUAAAAUCAGUGAGAUCUCUCUGUGAACUGGCUGUGGGAGUGUGUGUUUGAAACAAAUAUCCAAAAAAAUGACCGAAAAAGAGAUUGGCAGGAUUAUGAGGGUGUUAUGUGAGCUUAUUGAGAUGGCAGCACAGGAAAGCCCUUCCCUCAGGAGAAACUCGCACCUGGGGAACGACUCAUGAGAGUUUGUGUGGAUUUGCAUUGUGUGUGAGCACAAUUAUCAUACACAGGAGAACUCUCAGAGGGACGUUCAAGAGGUCAGAUCCCCUGUUCAAGACAUCCUAAAGAGAAAAUCAGAGCAUCCACAGACAGGCACUGGUGAAGGGAGAUACAGGGAUUAGAAGACAGAAGAAAAAGGAAUCACAGCCUUUGACGUUAAACCCGUUAUUUUCCAAAGACUUCCUGCGCUUGCGUCAUUCGCUAAAGCUCUAAAAAUAACACAUAACCUCAAGUUUUAGGGAGUCUUGUGUUUUGCUGUUUUUGUAACGUAUAGACCCACCUUCAAGCUGUCAAUCACCGCUCCGAGGCAGAGGGACGGAUUCAGAGGUCUCACACCUGCUGACUUUACUCUGGGUGUCACUUGAUCACUACUGAUUCCAUUCACUUAAAGGGAGUCCCACCCUGCAACUUACAUACAGCACUUACAAUGUCUUAACUCAAGUGCUAGUGGCACACACACACACACACAUACUCUCAUACACACACAGACUCUCUGUACACACCACCUAAUCGCCUAAUAGAAAGCAAACAUUUAUGAUCAAGAUUGACACCCACGGAAACACUGUGGCGCAGAAAUAACACUAAAUGUAUUUUAAUAAGUAAUAGCAGAAGGUAUUUCACUAUUUUUCUUUCCCUCUUACUAGAAAUGCCUGAGCUGCUAUCGGACACUCCUUGUAGAAUUGUAGAGGAAAACUAACAGGAAUUUACCUGUUUCCUCCCUCUGAAAGUCAUCCCGGUGCAGAGUCAGCGGAGACACUUUAUAGUUUGGGCUAUCGCAGGGCUACUGUAACAACAUCAACAACCUGCGGACUGCCACUCAACAUUAGGGGCUGACCACUAAUUAGGCCUCGUAUAACAGUGGGCUGCAGUUUAUUUCUCACGCUAGCCUAACACUUUCCCUGAAGGUUGUCCACAUCUCGGAAGCUUGUAAAAAGUGAGAUGUUGCCAUUUGUCCAAACAAGCUUCACCUUUCUUUUUAUUAUUAUGAAUGUCUCGCGGAGUAAUCGGUUAUGAAAGCUGUCUUUUCCUCGAGAGAAGAGCCGCUGACAUACUAUAUCGGUGACCUUUUCAAACCUGCAGGAUGUUUGUUGAACUUGAACGUCAAACCCCCAGAAUGGGUCACAGGCCUUAUGCUGCGAGGUACACAUGGGUAAUAAAAUGUUUUAAAGCCUCUGAGUCUCAGGGCUACAGAAUAAACUUCUCAUUUGGGCCCCUCACUGAAAGAAAGGCGUAUAGACCUCAAGUCUGGAUGAAAUGUUAGUUCAACACAGCUCGGCUUGUUGGGCUGAGUAGUGUGUUUUCAGCCAGGUUGUGUUCUUCAGUGAAACCCUAGAAUUGGAUGCCAGAGUGGCCUUUCUCUCUCGCUGUCACUAGAUCAGCUCAGACAAGAAGAUUAGUGCUGUAGCUGCUCUGUCUGUCCCUCCUGGCUUACUGUAUGUCACUACCAUAAUCCCUGUCAGCAAACCAAUGGGUCAGGCUACUUUACCGGGGUGUCCUUCCCGUACAUGUAUGCACUUGUGCUCACAUACACACACAGGUAGGACUCACACAUGUGUAGUUGAGCUCCCUCCUCUUUCUUUUUCUCUUAUCUGGGCCUGUGAAAAAGCCACACUUGUACGAUGACAUUCAGCACAGGAUUAGAGCCCAUGUAAGACCCUCCUCAGCUUACACCGCCGCUGCCAAGAGGGGAUCUAUACAACCACACACUCUCAUGCAAGCCUGGACACACUGGCAGAGACACUACUACAAACACACAUCCACAGAAACACACACUGGAACUGUAAAAAGGCGAGCUCAGACUUGUGUGCGCACAUACUCUGGACCAAAGGAAGACUUCCUCCACGAAAAAACACCAUGAGAUAUGCUAACCGACAACCUUUUUGUUCUACAAAUACCCGCCGUGCUCUUCUCUCCGAAAUGAGGGCCAGAAUUGAGCCCAGACAGUCCCAUUUGUCUGCAAUGAAAUCAUGGGAUCCCCCUACACACAUGCAUAAACACAUUUACACACUCAUCAGCAAAGUGGAACCAGGGUUGCAGGGACUGAAAAAAAAAGGAAAAGUUGAAGGAUGGUAUUGAGACUGAGGGAAGAUUGGAUGCAGACUCUCUGAGUUCAGUCGCACUGAGGCCAGGCUUAGUCAAGACCUUAGUUAAGAUACUGCUGUGUAUCUAGGUCACAUUGUGUGUAUGUGAUUUAUUUAUUGUACUCUCACUCUCUUCAGUCCGUGGUCAGGUCUGGGGAGGAUUGUCAUCGGUAUGCGCUGUGAUUGGGCUAGACGGGGAUCCUCUUCUGAUUGGAUGUUUAUCCUCGGGCUUCUACUUUGGGGGUUUGCUUUGAAUCAGUACAUCUCUGUUGCCCCCUCUGGUUUUCUUUUCUGUCUUUUCGUCUCUCACUCUCUUCAGCUCCGUUUCUUGUCGAGUGCCGCCGGCUGUGUGUUUGAAGUGAGUGUGUUUGACGUUCUAAAGCAGAACCAGCAGCGGACCGCUCUGUGUUUCUGCCAAUCCAGCAAGGCUCAGAUUUGAGAUGGUUGGCCACAUCAAGCCUAAGUGAUAAGUGGUCAAUUACAAUAAGCUUUAUCAAAACCAAGAUGCUGUGGAGGUUUAGAGAGCUAUGCUGCGUUUGCACACUCUGAUAGAAAGCGGUGGGCUGUCUCAGGCCUCUCAAGACGUGGUAGCUCUGAGUGUGAGUGAUUCUUGGAAACCAUCUCUAAUAUACUCGACAUAUUCAGACCUGACAGUGUUUUUGAUUUAUCUGUUGAAGGGGUAUCCAAUCUGUAUUUCAUGUUUUAAAUCACUAACUGGUCCACUAACAUAGUGUCUGACAUGCAGCGUCAAGACAGCAGAAAAUCAAAAGGACAACAAAAACCUACAUUUGUACCACAAAGAUGGUCUGAUCGUCCAAACUGAUAAAUUUAAAGUCCCACUCCGAUCAUUUUUUUUUACCACUUGAAGUGUUCUCAGUGGUCUUUAAAUUGUGAUUAUGAAGUUUUUAGCCAAAAUCGCGUUACCUUUGUCAUUUUCAAGGACUUUUCCUCUGCAGAGCCCCAGUAGCUUACAUACAUACAACUUCCGCUGCUGCUCGUGCUGCACUGAUUAGUGCGCCAUGCUCCGGCAUCUGGCAAAGAUAGAUCUGAUCCGGCUGCCAGAGCCGAUCCGCAGCAGAGCCGGAGUGAUUCUGUGGAAUGACCCACAUUGAUAAUAAUGCUUGUGGAUUUGAUCUGCCAGCCGUGCCAGAGCGUAGUGGAGCUGUUCCAUGUGGCCUGCAUAGUGGAGCUCCGGGGGCGGAGCUUGGAUUUGCUAUGUAGGAAAUCUCCCUGAAUCUGAACCUGCCGUUUGCGUCUGUAAGAGAUUCACAAUACUUUUCUCAUGAUAUGUCCUGUAGCAUCAGAAAAAUGCCAUGUGAACAUGUAGGCAACAAGAAAAACAUGAUUUUCAUUGGAGUGGGUCUUUAACAACUCCUUCAGACUGCUCUGCCAGAAUCAACAAACAUCAAAACUCUUCACGGUGCCUUUUGAAAAGGUCAUGACUUCUGACAUGAGAACAAAACACACAACAGUAUUUACUUUGACAUCCGAAUUCUCAGGGGAACCGCGUAAGCCUGACUGUGACGGCCAACCCGCCCUUCUAAAGCCCUGUUAUGACGCACCUGUAGUUAAAACUGGGUUGAACUGUACACCAGCUGGCAGAGGGUGGGAGAGAGCUUACAGAGCAAGAGGGACUUACUUAGAUUAUUCUUUCUCACCAAACCAGAGUCGGGAAUGGCAGGAUAAAGGCUAACACCAGUCAUCAAUAGGUGCCAUUGUACUUUAGCUCCACUCUAAUAUCCUAUCCAGGAGUGGCCCAGCCUGUCAGAGUGUGUACGCAGGAAGGCCUCAACCCUGCAGCUAUAGGAUUAGCUGCACUGCUGGGUGGUCCUCCUCCGACUGAUCUCAGAACAGCAUCACAGUUUACUGUGCACUCCUUCUGGGCGUCAGGAUAAAGAAUCAGGUCAGGUCACUCAGAUCUGUGAAUCAACAUUUUGGAGAACUGUAUAUAGAUAUACGGAUUAAUCGCACAUAACUUUUGUUGAAGUAUGUAAUGAGCAGAGAAAAGCUUGAAAUUUGGAGGAUGGGUCUUUCAGGUCGCUGUAUCUGAAUCCACACGUCUGGGUGAAUAUUUCUGCUUUGGCUCUAGUGUUACAGCUCCGCGGCCAGGCUGUGGUUUUAUUAUUGCGCGGUCAAGACCAGAACUGGCGAAGCAAAAUUUACUCUCAAACAGUGGGCAGGAAAAAGUGUGGGCAGGGUUGCAAGUGCAAGCUAGCAAGCUGACAUGAACAUUCCAUCUACCUUAAAAAUGUAAGCCAGGUACGAGACCCAUAAACAUAGUAGAUGAAUUAAAGAUCAGACAAAAGACCAAGAGUGGUGCCUGCAACACGUGGCGGGAUGUAACAAAUGAGAUUCAUAAGUAGAGGCAGGUAGUAGGUCAGAGUUGCUGCUAUUCGUCAUUGUUAUUUUCCUCCUCCAGCUUUUCUUUCUCUCUUGAAGUCAUCACUCCUGAGGGGUUAAGCUGGUUGUAAUGAGGACAGAGUACUGGUAGGCAUUUUCCCCUCAUGGACACACGUAUACGUACACAUACACACACUCAAACACUCAUACAGGCCAAGCACAUGUUAUCCAUAACAGAAACCCCUAAAGACAGACAGACGGACAGGUAGUGUGACAGGACUGAAGCUGUCGGAGGCUUGGCGGUCUCUCCAUCUGAAGGGAUGGGAGCGGAGGACAAUGUAAACACCCUGUCACACACAUAAACAACUCCCCGCUCAGGUUUCACUGCACAGUUCGAGAAAACUCACCCUGUCUUUUAUAGAGAAAGUAUUUGUGUAAUUUGUUUAUGUGAGAUUCCAUAGCCCUAAUGUGGAAAUGGCUUUUUGGGGAUCAUGCUACACCUGAGUUCAAUUUCACAAGCUCUCUCACAGACAGAUCGUAAAGAUGGCAUACCAAAGCGUACGCAAUCUGUCUUUCUCUUCUGUGUCUCAAUUUAAUUUCUCAGCACUCCCUGAGUCACAUUCUUUCUCUCUCUCUGUUUUCGUCUCUCCGUGAAAGCUGGCUUAACCGAGUAAUUAUUCAACAAAUGCUCAAUAACAGGUGAGUCAGAGGCAAUUUCAAAUCAGGAGUUUGACAUUAGUUUUCAUUAAAGCUCUGUUUUAUGACUGGAAAUGUAAGCUUGAAGUUAUUCCAAUUAUUUGUUUGCAUACUUUUAAAGAAUUAUUAUAGGGGAAGUUGUGGACAGGAACCAAGAAUAUGACGCACACCUCUUAGCCGUGAAACAUGCUGUAGCUCAAAUUAGCAUGAGCUUCUAGCCAAUAAAUCUUUCCUCCUGGCAAAGGAAAAUAACGUGUGAUUGCAUGAAUGUCUACAUAUUAUAUGGGUCACCACAAAAGCAAAACAAAAAUCUUUUUGGGCAAAGACCAACAACUACUGCUAUAUAAAGCCUAUAUUUACAGUAUUUAUUGUUCUAUCCUAAUGAUAUUUCCAAGCCAACUAUACAGAAACAUACACCAUACAAACACACACAUACAGGGACAUGUUCAUCUUUGGCAAGCUUUAAAACCUCCCGCUACUCCACAAAGGCACCAUAUGUUUAGCAGAACCCUCUGCACCGCAGUGCAAAUGAAGUGUAGUGCAGGCCAGGGAACAAGACCCAAACAUGUGUUUGCUUUGUUUGUUGCCUUCUAAUUACAUAUACACAUAGUUAUUUCUCUCACACAGUGUAAAGUGUGUGCGUUUUUAAAGCUGUGUUUGUGUGUCUGUUUCCCUGUUAUAACGAAGGCUUUUGUGUCUGGAAGUGGUGUGUCUCACAGCAGGAAUUCCCUCCAGACUCACUCUGUUUGCUUAAGUAAUAACUAGGCAGAGCCAGAAUUUGUUUGUGUGUAUGUUUGUCUGCGUGCACAUAUACAUGUGUGUCUGUGCAUGUUCAAAGGAAUAACUUGCAUUUUACGCAAUUAUACAUAAAGGCAAACCGGUUUCUUUGAACUUGGAAACAAAUAAACCACAAAUCCAAAAAUUUUGUCUCCUUUUUUUCCCCACUUUCUUUCUUUCUGUCCCUGUUUUGACAGGUCAAAACCCCCUAUAAGAUAAGAGCAAUUUAACUUCUAAAGCUCCUUUGAGGAACUUCUGGUAUGUGUUAAUUUUUGCGACCCCAGUGGAUACAGUACCUACGGACGCUGAUAUAAAACAGAGUAGGGCUGGUUGAUAAACCAAAAAUUUACCGAUACUGAAAUUUACAACAAUAACCGAGAUCAUUUUGCCCAUGUCAUAUAAUAAUAAAUAAAAGUUGGUUUUGGAUGUGUGUAGGUAGGCUAUGGUGUCAUGUCCCUUUAAGACACUGUCAUACAUCAGAGACAUGACUCCACCCCAUCCAGUCUGUAACAAAGAGAGAAAGACAGGUGAGGAGAUGAAGGACGGUUCAAAAGUUGUAGCAGCUGAAGUAGACAAAAUUAAUGUGGGAAGGGGUGAGCAGUUUGUGGAGUAGUAGUUAUCGUUCUUUCUUGUUAUUGAGGUGAACUGCUCAAUAUAUCGUGAUAUUGAUUUGCGGCCAUAUCACCCAGCCCUAAAACAGAACUUUCAUAUUUUAAGUAAAUCUGAAAAAAGUCAGAUCAUCUCAGAUUUUAGGCUUCAUAACACACAGGGUUGAUGAUUUUGUAGACAACACAUUAUUGCUGUAUAUUCAUGGGUUUGGGAUAAUAUCUGCUCAUUAAUAGUGAGAGUACAACAUGGCGACUCGCUGUAAAAUCCUCUUGCCUCAUAAGACAAGUAGCUUUCCAGAUAUAAACUCUGGGUGUGCUUUUCUGUCCUUCAAAAGAAUUUGAAUCCCACAAAAAUAAAAAUAAUCUGUAAUGAUUUAUGUAUAAAUUUUAACCGAGGUACCCAAGAGGUUCACUCACACCACCCAAAGAGCAAAUGUCUCCUCAAUAUCACGGGUCAACAGGGACCGUUUAUUGCCAGAUCAGCAGAGGGGUUGCCAGAUCAGAGCUGCUGAAGCCAACUGGUUAGUCCAGCACCACACACACACACAAACACACACUGAGAUCACAGGCCAGAAAUUUUAUCAGUGAUGUCAGCUGUUAUGUCAGCCCGACCUCGGCCUCAUCCUCGUACCACACGCACACACAAAAACACACAUACAAACUCGCAUAUUAUCAUGAGAUGCUCUGAUGUCAGAGAGUGAGGGUUAGGAGAGACUGAUUAAACUUUGUGUAUUUUGGAUGAAGCAGCAAGAAGUUCAAGACAUUGACUUUUCAAACAGAUGCAGUGCUUGAAGAGGGUUUGUGUGUUUUGAUCCUCACGCUACCAAAUAACUUCGAGUGGGUGCAUGUUUGUGUGCUUGCAUGCACAUGGUCCACCUCUGCUAUAUACAGUAUGUGUGUGUGUGUGUGUGUGUGAGAGAGAGAGUGAGUCUAUGUGUGGGGGGAGGAAUGAGGCAACAUACCCUGGCUUUAUCAUACCAAAGCAGAAACAGUAUGAAAAACUGGUGAAAGAUAUUUUGUCGACAUUUCUCAGAUUCCGUUUCUGGAAGAGCAGAGAGAGACGAGGACAGAUGAGGAGAAAAGGAUGGAAUUGAGAGGCAGAAAGAAAAGUGAGAUACUUUUGUGGGUUUUUCAAAUAACUAAGUGUUCAAUGAUCAGUGUAAGCCUCCUUGUAAGCGCUCCCUAUCAUGGCUUUGUGGCAGUCUCAUGUUUCCAAACACUGAGUGUUGCUUGAAUUCCUCUUUCUUUGCGUCUGCAGUGUGUGUUCUCAUAUGCACACAUUUACAGAUGUUAGAUAGUUGUUUGCUUUUUUUGCCAAGCAAAAAUGCUUUCUUCUCUUUGUAGUGUUACCUGACAAGUGUGCGUGCGUGCAUGAGUGUGUGUAUGUGUGUGUGAAGAGAGAGAAAGACAGAGAACAAGUGCUAAACCCAGUUCCUUGCCUGAGUGCCGCUGCAAAGGCCCGGGUUGACAGAGAGGAUUGAAAGUGUCAUCCCCAGGAUUAAGUAUAAUGAGCAAGACUGACAGACAAGACAACAUUGUACACUUGCAAAGACACAUUCAUUUUAAACACACACUGAAAUUUACGCAGGCAAUUAUUGAGAGGUGUAUCAAAGAGCUGGGAUAAGCCCCUGUUUAAACCUGUGUGAGGGGGCUAUCCCAUCCUCGCUUGCACGUCUACACAGGGCGGGAACAGGGAUUACCCCUCUGUACUUUCACUGUAUCUUUUUUUAAUGUCUCUUCCCAUUAUCAAUCAUUAAUGUAACUUUUCCCUCUGUCUUAUUUUUCUAGCUGUGAGAUUGCACUCUUUCUGGGAAUCCCUCUAACAACGUUGAACCAGUGUUGAUGAUUUUCAUUCUCAAAAGGAUAUGUAUUAAAAUCAAAAAGCAUGAAUUCUUAAUGAGUAUUUGUGACUGAUGUUCAAGCUGUUUACAUCACAUUAGCAAAAACAGGCUGCAAAAGUUUCUUAGAUCAGCAUCCACAAUGUUUAAACCAGGAGCAGAGAUGGUAACAUUAAAUAAAAGUGCAACUGAUGAUUCAAAACUAAAUGAGGACCUAAAUGAAGCACUUUCAUUUCAAUAAUCAGUGUUUGUCUGACAUCCCCAUUGCUAAAUAAAGAACAUCAGAAGUGAGCUAAGCUAUAGCUAACUUGUUGGACAUCAAGGAUUCCUUCAUUGUUAGAUUUAAAAGAUGGUUCAAUGUGUGUCCCCUCUGUUUGUCUCCUCUACAUUUACUCAGUUGAUCAGUGUGUCCUUUUUGAUGUGGGUUCACAUGACAACUUUGACUAUUUGGAUUUCAGUCUUUCUGACUAGGAAAUUAUGUGUCUUCUGUGUCACUUUGGUGUUUACAUGCUUGAAAUACUGAUUGCACCUUUAACAAUAUAACAGUCAGUGUCCACCAAUGUGACAUGAUAGCAGCAACACAAUAAAGGUGGCGGAGGUAGAUCGUCUGUGGCGUUGAUUCGUAGUUUUUGUUGUUAUGCUGUUUCUAAUGAUAACGAAUGUCAUAAAGGAUGCUUGUUUUGUUCUGUGACCAGUUUCAUGCCUCCAUGCUUCGGAGUAUUCUUCCGUGACCAUGAGUCACAAGAAACAGAAGUACUAUCAUGCAGAAAACGUCUGCAUGUAGUAUAUAAUAGGAAUGAGUGCAGACAUGACUGUUUACUCAGAAAACAAAAGGAAUACACUACCUGUCUUAUGUCUAACCAGAUUGAUAGUUUAAUUCUGAUCAAAGUGUUACAUGAGUUAUUUUUAUUCUGAUUGGGUGAUUUCUCCAAUUUGAAUUGAAGUCAUGAAAGCCACCUUCUAAGUGUCAGGACUAAAUUAAAAACUGGUACACCCACUUUGAUUCCAUAUUGUGUUUUUUAAAAAGCUCUGAUACAUAAACACUCACACACCACCCACUACAUAUGUGUGUAGGGGUUGCGUUCUUUUAAUCUUAACCAUUUUUACCUGCUGUGCGCCACAAAACUUCAAAGGAUCUCUUUUCAUCAGAGGAGCUUGUCCACCUUUAGUCUAUAAGUGCCAAGUGGCAGCUGGCAAUCGCCGUCCAAUCAGAUAGCAGCUGAUAAGUAUGGCAUGUAGCAGUUAGCUUGGCACCCGUCAGGCUCUCCUGGCCUAUGUGCAGGCUUGUCGGCACAAUGUUCACUUCAGGCUUUGCAAGAUUCUUCGAGUGGGAUGAUCAGCUUUCAUCUUAUCACUUUGCACAGUGACACAAGCUUCAAAGAGAGCUGGUCAUUUUUACUGGCACUGCGGUGUGUGUGUGCAUGUGUGUAUGUGUAUGAGUGUGUGUUUAAGUGUGUGUGUGUGUGUGAGCUAUCGACACAUUCCCAGAAAGCAGUUCCAGGCUGUAGGACUGUGUUUAAUGAAGGCAAGGGCAGGGCUUCAAAGAGCUGCAAUCCAAUCUUAAUGUGCAGAAGUACACACAAACACACACACUGACACACACACACACACACCACACCACACAUACACCUCUGCUGGUUGGAAUGAAUGCAAGAGUUUGAGCCGAAGCUCUCAGUCUGGUCUUGUAAUUUGGCAGCUCGCUUUUUAACCUUCAUGAGUUGACUAAGGGAGAGACAGAUGGAUACUCAAAAAUGUGAAACUUGUGUGAGAGAGAGUGAUUACAGUACUGACCCGAAUACAAGAUGUGUGUUUUUCCUUGAAAUCUGAAUUAGUGGGAUCAUCUUAUAUCCCAGGUCAACGCCAAUAUUUGCUCACAACAGUGACUGCUGCCCAUUGUAUUUAAAGUGACUAUACCUCUCAUACUGAGGCCAGCCAUCGCUCAUAAUCAAGAGGAAUAAAGCCGGAGAGACACAGUGAUGGUCUGGAACAGAGCAGCCCUAGAGUAAGCCAAGUUCACCAGCAACAGAGCAGGAGUUAUGAAGCUGAUCUGUGUCACAGAGAUAUGAAGAUUGUGAGCCCCAACAGCCUGUCUCAAUAAAUGCUAAUAGUCAGAGAAAAUCCUAGUUUCAGUGUAACUAAUGAAAACAUAAUUGUAUUUGAAUGCAUGAAACAACAAUUCUUGUUUAAUCAUUUAUAAAAGCAUGACAUAAUCUUCAAAAAGUACUUUUAAAAAUGUACAUUAAAAAGGCCGGGGUCUUUUUUACUAUCAGAUUGGUCUCAUGUUUGGAUGAAUACUGUAAAAAUCAGAGCAACCCUGUUAUUUGUUAAAUAUAGCAAAUCCUUUACCAUUUCUCUUUCUAUUACCUUCAACUGUUUCUGUUGUUAGGAAUGAAAACCCAACAUCAUUGAACUUAGAUACGUAAAGGACUUUGUCUCUGUUUUCUUAGUGGGGAUGUAUGUUAAUGUGGAUGUCUGAUAGGAUUUCAGAGCUAAUAUCAAAAUUGUUUGAUCAAAAUUAAGCAAAACUUAAGCAAAGCUGGACUGAACCUCUUUAACACGAUAUUGCUGACAUUUGUAGCAGUUGCCUCAUGCUCACACUUAAAUUGUUGCUGUCAGCUGGAGAAUUUCUCCUUCCAAAAGGCAUAUUUACCAAGAUAAGAGAUAAAAUGCUGGGUUUCACUUCCAGAUUGAUGCUGAUAAAUUCUUGCUAUAGCACAUAGCGGUCAUCUGGGGAACUUGGAACAAGGAAAUUCCUGACAGUUACAAGAUUUUUAUGAACGCUCUGGAAAGCUUUUCCUCUGUUUAGAAACAUGAGAAAGUCCUAGGCCUGGAACUGACCCUCAGACCAUGGGUUGAAAAUCCUUCAUGCUUUCAGGUUUACGAGUGUGCAUAUGUUUGAGUCUGGAUGUCUAAGUGUGUGUAUGUGUGUGUGUGUUUGCACACAUGUGUAACUGUGUGUCUUUGGUGCCUUUGAGGUGUGUUAAGGUGUGUUUCUCUCUUUGAUGUUUAGCAUUGGAUUUAUAAAGGGGUUGGUUAAAGGCAUGCAUAUUUUUAAGUGUCAGUGCACGUGUGUGUGUGUGUGCGCACGUGUGUAUGUGUCUCCUAGUGUUCGCCUGCAGAGUGGAUGUGGUUCACCUUGCACUGGCCACCUGUAAGCUAUCGACAGAAAUUAGCCUUUUUACUCUUGAUGGGUUGCAGAACAGAGAACGGAGGGGUGGUGAGAAUGUGGAGGGAGGGGGGACUGUUGUGUGUGAGUGUGUGUGUGUAUAGGUGUGUAAGUGUGUGUGGAGGUAGAAGAUAUUUGGACGGGCUAUUUUCUAAACUACACUCUGUGUGCCAUCAUAACACAGGAGAACAGUAGAGACAAGGUAUAGACCAUACAAUGGAACCAUUUGUUUCUCAUUUGCCUUCACUGUCUGGGGAUCUAAGUGUGUGUGUGUGCGUGCUUGUGUGUGUGUGAGUGUGUAUGAGUGUGAUCCAGUGAUUUAGCUCCGGUUUUCUGGCAGCAAGCCCAAUCCUGCUCCAGAGUUUUGCUCCUUCUUUUCCAAAGACACAUACACACAACCGGGACUCAUUACGCUCAGUAAACAAAUAAGUCAUUAAUAUCAGCCUGCAGGCUCCACACAUACAUAAAUAGAAAUGUAUAGACGUGUCUCAUGGACACACCAGCACAACCACGCCCAUUCCCACCAUGACUGAGAUUCCUAUUGGCUGUAGGAUUUGUGACUAGCGAGACUAAUGAUGUGGUCCCUGUGUUCCUACUUCCUGUUCUUGCUGGAGGACUUCCCGUGGUAGAGUCAUGUGGACUUGAUUACACCCCACAUCUAAGCCCCCUGGAGCAGGACACUUUUACUCAGACACACACACACACAUAUAAACACACACACAGAGAAUAGAUAUAGAAUAACCUACGUCGCCCUCCUCAGAUAUGUGAUAUUAUUGACCAGGAGCCUGAAAACCCGGAGCAUCUGUGCUCACUUGUCUUUUCCCUGUAAGUCCCUCUGUCUGUUUCUGGGUUUUCUUCCUGCCCUUGUUCUGUAGCCAGGAGGUUGUUUGGUGUGAUGAGGGGCUGACUGGUCCUGUUGUAUUUUACUCACUACUCUGCAGCCCAGCUCUGGCACUGGCACCAGACCUCACAGCUGCACUAUUGAUCAGAGGGUUUGUUAGCUCUGUACAGGGAGGAACGCAAACAGAGACUUUUUUUUUCCUUCUUCAAACAUGAAAUCAAUUCAGAUUAAACAGUUGAAUUAGGGACAGAAGGAAGAAAAACUUCAUCGUUCAUGGAGAGUCGACUGUUAAAGAACCGUAUCACUAGUUUUGCAUGUCUUAUCCCAGAAAAUUGAAAGUGCACAUAUUUUCUUUUUAGCCGGAAAACUUGCUUAAAGGGAGCCAACAUAGUUUUAAGGGAUGUGCCAAAGGAUUGGUCUAACUUCAGUUUAUUAACACUGACAAAAAUCAGCUUUCAGUAAUGUGCUAUGAAUUAGGGAUGUCACUCUUCUAAGGUUGAUGUGGAAUCCUGUAUUUUCUGGAUAAAGGAGCUGUCCUGCAUAAUCAAUGUACAAAAGACCUAUAUGUCUGUCAUAAAGGAGAUCAGUGUUUAUAUUUGUGAUGUUUGGAGGAUCCUCCUACAUGUCUGAUGCCAAUCAUAUGCCUGGUGGAUGGGUUAGGGAUUUGUGGUCAUCGUCGAAAAACGAAGUUAAUAUCAGCAGUGUGGGGGUAUUACACCGUCUCUGAGAGAGAUUCAUAAUAUUCAGUUUAUAUAUUACUGCUUUUUUAUCAUUGCUGUCCUCUGGAUUUAAAGGUACAAUAUGUACGUUUUUAUGUUGCAGAACAGACCUGGAAGAAGUUGAAUAACAAAUAAAUGUAUAAUUACCUAAUAUCAGCGGUGUGGGGAUAUUACACCGUCUCUGAGAGUGAUUCGUAAUAUUCAGUUUAUAUAUUACUGCUUUUAUAUCAUAUCAUAUAAAAUUUCUUUGGUUUUUGUGAAUUUGGAAUGAGCCUUUUAGAUCUGCAUAGGAACAGGCUGCCACCUUGCACCACCAAUCCUCAAACUAUACACCAUAUUGUUUUUUGUAUUUAGUCGGUGAACGCCAUGUUGGAAGGCAAGGAAGACGAGAGUGGUAGUUGUGCAUGAACAGGCAUAAUAGUUAAACCUUGAUGAAUGGUGGAUCCACGGACGUUUUGGCCCCCUGCAGUUUUAACUUCUAAAAACAAUGUUACUUUACGCUACAGCAAACCGAUAUCGUCAGGCACUUCAUUUACAUCCCUGUAUCGGGUUUGUACUUCCAUCCAACCGCUAGCCAUAUUGCCUCCUCUGUUAUUGUGUAUGCGGGAUGUGCUGUUUGCUAGGCUAUAUGUCUCAACAGUACUCAAGUCACAUGUGCCCCCCCACAUUUGAAAUCUAAAUUUCAUUCAUGGGUGGAUCAUACUUGCAUCACAGCUCUGAAGCAAUAGUCGCUUCAUCGACGGUUGAUGUUAACAGGGUAGAGUUUCAUUUUAGAAUUUGACACACUGUACCUUUAGUAUACUCUGAUACUGCCUAACAGAAAUCCAGAGUUUGUUGACAUCUGUCUUUUGUCGUUGGACUUCUCCUGAAUGCUCAACUAAACAGAAUUUCCAACAUGAAUCCAGCUGCAUUACAAUAAUCAACAAAAUCACUGCAAAAAAUAAAAGCAAAUAUUGUUCGCAGAUGGCUCACCUGCUCCAAUAUGGUUUCAAAAAAACAAGAUUUAAUUUUCAUCCAGUGUUUAUAUCACAUGGCUGCCCCCAGCUUAUGCUCUGAAAAGAGGUCAGCAGUAACAUAAUCAUGAUUUUUAUUUGUAUAUAGAAUUUUGCUUAAUGGGAUAAAGCAUGCAGAAGUAUGAUUUUGUAAACAGGGUGGAUCAAAACAACUGAGAGAAAUUUAGUUUUAUCUAAUAAUCUUGUGUUUAUGUUUGAGUAAAUUUCUACAUUUCCUUUUAGUAAAAGCAGCUCGAUUAUCAAGAUGGAGCAUCUCACCGAGUAACAGCUCUGGCCAAGUGUAAAGUUGUCACUCCUCAUCCGAGCUCUGCAGGAUAGGAAAAAAGUUUGUGUGGAGUGUGUGUGUAGAGCCACUCUCCAAGGGGAAAUUGUUAGCAAAUGGGCUCCAACUGCUGGCCUUUUAGCUCUGCAAACACAACCUGAAGGCCUCUCCCCGUAUCCCCCUUCCCUCCGUUCAACCUCCCACUUUACCCCACCCACCCUCCUCCCCUCCUGUUACAAUUCACCUGCCCAACAACCCCUGGGCAUCUCAUCCCUCCCUCUCCUUCACCUCUUCGUCUCUAUUCCCACUCACUAACUCCAACGUUUCCAUACCUAUUCAUCACUCCCUCUCCCUCUCCCUCCUUGUGUCUGCCUCUUGACACACACAGAGUCAUUCCUGAGUGGGUAAAUAGAGUAAAUUGGGGCUGACCCCCGGGGUUAGAAGGGGCCACGCUCUCUUUUCAUGUCAAAGCCAUCUGAAGGCUGAUUGGUUGAUUGCUGCGCUCUCCGCUUCCAAAAAGGCUCCCUUGUGCUGCUGUAAUUGCGCUAUCAUGCACAUAUACAACGCACAUACAUGUGGAUGCACACACACACACACACACACACAUUCUUACAGCCAAAUGACUUAAAUGGUGUUAAUUGCAUAAUGACAGUAGUGAAUUGGAGCUGGGUCAGAGGUGACACAGGUUUGAGUGGAGUGGGGGAUGGGGAAGGAUGCUGAGAAGAUGUGAAAGGAAGGCUGGCACUUGUAGCCACACUCCCUUGUUUUUAUCCACGAAUGAAGCGAACUUCAACCUGAUACAGAGAGUUGGCCAUGAUGACACACAGACACACACAUUUUAACAGACACAGAAAGCCCUCUGUGGCAAGGAGGGAUGCUUUAUAUGCUAAACACAAGGAUUCAAUUUGACUCCGUCAGCAUCUGCCUUUGUGUGUACAUGUAUGUUCCUAUGUGUGUAUUUAACCGUACCAGCAGGUUGUGUGUGUGUGUGUGUGUGUGUGUGUGUGUGUCUGCAGGGGCAGCUGAAAGGGCUCUAUUGGUGAAAACGUUUAAGCCAUCAUCAUUAGAGACCUGUUGGUACAGAGGUGUGUUUUAGUGAAGGACGUAAUUGGCCCAUCAUAGUGCUGUGUAAUCUUCUCAUAUUCUAUGAAAACAGCAAAAGCUAUUGCUCAUAAUGGCCGUGUUUAAGGUGGGACCUUCCCGUGUUAAACAUACAGCAUCUCGAGGUUGAUUUGAGCUGGAGCUGAAUAGCAGAAAGAGAGAAAGAGAGAGAGAGGCAGGGUGGGGUGGGUGAUACUGGGUGAACACCAGAAGCCCUGCAGCCAUUUAUUCUGUCUCUAUUCUCCUCUGUACACAUUUAUUUCCCUUUUAUAUUAUUUCAUGGGUAUCUCUGUGCAGAUGUGAGUGUGUGUGUGUGUAGUUUGAACCCAGUAUGAAUUAGAUCGCGUGAUUUCAAAACCAGAGCCUUCUCAAGUGGAAACAUCUCUGCCUCCGAGACCACCCGGGAUUCAUUUCUCUUUGGAGCAAAUGUUAUUGUGUAUAUGCAUGCAUGAGUUUGUGUGCAUGUCAGGACCGUGCUGCAAUUAAACCAGUUGAUCUUUUGUGCGCACAUGAGCUUGAAUCCCUCUGCGUUUUCCCUGCAAGUGCAUGUGUCCUUGUGCGCGUUUGCGUGUCCUUGUGCGUAGGAGUGAGAGUAUCCCCCAUCCUGCUGUUUAUAGGAGGGAGUGAAAAGUGAUGGAAGGUAUGAAGAGAGAUGGGCCAGUGAUGACAUAGCCUUAUGUUCACCCCCUCUGGAUAUGGCCAACUCUAUAUUACAUCUAUCCAUCAUAAGGCUACAUCGAGUCCCUCAUGGCUUUCUUUACCAUUGGAAGUUAGAUGUCCUCCAUACAUGUGUUAGUCUCAUCAAUGUUCGGCUCAUAUGGUACAUGUCACGCUCAUACUUGUAAGGUCUAAAUGUAUGCCCGCCACAUACUUGGUGUGUGUUUUUUUUGUGUAUAUAGCCAGUAUUGACUCUCUUUAAGUGGUUCUCGAAGCUCGGAUGAUAGAUGUAUGGUUCUCUUGUAGCUCUGCAGAAAGACUUCCCCCACGGGCGCAUCCAGAUACAAAAGAAGCUGUCACUCUCUUCUUUUCUGAUCUCACUGUGUGUUCAUUCAGCAGCGUGUGCGCUCACUGAAGGUUUUUGGUAUGCACGUGUAAACGCCACGGUUUUGUGUCGGAGCUGUCACCUGUUCCUCGCGCCCAGUGCAGGCCCUGUAUCUCAGCGGAGCCUUUGAUCUGCUCGACAGGAGAUUCCUCCAGUGUGAAAUAGCCCCGCGCAGAUUUACUCAAUGAAAGAGCACGCCUUAACCACUGUUAUUACCAAACAUCACCGCUUGUUUCUGUCUCUUGUUCUGUCUUUGUCAUUUGCUGCUGCCUUACAUACACUAUUAAAUAUGCUCACAGCGUACGCGUUCACAUAUAUGGAUGUACAUUUUCUGUAAUUUUUAGAGUUGAAGUGAUUGCAGACACUCAGAAAAGCUCCUUAGUAUUGUAGUCGAAGCCAAAGUUAUGGUUGCUCUUACCAAAGACCAGAUGUGCAGAGGCAGCUAUGAUAUCUAGCAGGACAGCAGUGUAGCUUAUAGCCCUUAAUCACUGAAUGCAUUUUUCAAGAUGGAAAAAAAAUCAGACCUGACACAAUGACUCUCAUCAUUUUUCUGUUAUUGUUGCAUGUGUGAGACAGUUCAGGAAUUUUUAAGUGCGUGAGUGUAUUCAUAGCUAAGAGAGAGAAAAGAAGAAAAAAAAAGUAGUUGUUGCACCUGAAACUAACUCCACAGAAAACUCAGGCUCUUAUGAUCUCUUUCUCUCCGUCUGUCUAAACUUUGACAGUCUGACAUUAGUAUGUAAGGUUGGGUGUGUCCGUCUGAGCUGUUGAACAUGUGUCAGAGCCCAGGUGGAGAGAGACAAAAUGUAAUUAUCCCCGUGAAACACUGCCCAUGUAACACGAACACAUCUGUACUAGCACUUAGAGAGACUGGUACUGGCUUAUUUAGAUGAUGUAUACUUAGAUCCUCUGUUCUUCAGACAAGACAGCAGACUUUUUGGUGGAUUAACAGAGUAGAAAUCAGAGGUUGUCACAGCUUUAUCAAAAAGUGGGUAGAGUGAGGCUGGAACACCUCACACAUUUACUAUGUGUGUGCCUGUGUAACCAUAUAACAAGCAUAUACAAACCCAUUUUGUAUUAUUCAUGAUACAAAUUCUUAAAAGUUAUUUUUGAUUUUUUAUCAUAUCAGACAGGAGUUAAGCUCAUUUCACCUCUACCUGUCGUCAUCGUGGCUCAAACUUGAGUUUCCAUCUCAGGCUGAUUUUGCCAAUUAGGAAACAAUGACAGUGUGUAGUAUCCCUGUACAAAGUUAGACAACACUGUUCUUCAAAUGAAAAAUAGGUAUUUUGUUCCAGAAAGAGUUAUUAUAUACACAUUAUAUGCCCUAACUUGUGUUUUUGUAGCCUCAAGUUAUUGUGCGUUAGAGGAAAUAACAAGUCGAAAGGAAUCCAAAAUCAGCAACUCAAAUUUCUGUUUAAAUUUUGUUUUUUUUCUACUUUAUUAUUCAAAAUACAGAAAUAUUAUCACUUGGCUAAAACACCCUCCAGAUUUAUAAGGUUAAAUCUGUGUUACACUUAUAUUCCCAUAGGCAUCCCUGUAAUACCCACACAUUUAAUGUCUCGCAACUAUUGGGAUUGAGUUCUCCUUCAGCUAUGUGAGUGGACCGAGACGCCUGUCACCUGUCAUUACAGCAAACUGGGGGAGAGUUGUGGAGUAUGCCGGUUUAACAGAACCAGUCAAAGAUGUGGGGUAAUGUGAGUGAUGGUUUAAAGUCACAUUCUGUGACCUGAGAAAGCUCCUACUAAACAUCAGCACAUGACCUUGCUUGGGAGGCCUGAAUUCUUUCAGCCUUAAGCCGAUACUAUACCCAGCAUAGCCCACACAAAAUGGACCAGGUUCACACAGAUACACACACCAACAUUUCAAACUGCACAUUUAUGUGUUUUUGAAAGCCUGCAAACACUUUAUUAAAAAGGUUUUUCCAUGGUUAUUUAAGUUCAAACUGUAAACAUCUUUAUUUCUAUACGCCGCGUCAUGGGUUUUAGUUAUCUGAGGUCAGUGAGCACAGCGGGCCAACAUUUUACCUCACAGACUUCAAAAACCAAAGUGAGGACAAGUUUACAUACUUCACAGUUCCAGCCACACUUUAUAUCGUCCUCAGCUAUCAAAACAAUCCAUAUUUACCUAGCCAGCGCAUCUUAACGUUAACAUAAAUCCCAGAACGAGUCUGAAGUUUACUGGAAGUCUUAGUGCUGUCACUGUGUAUGUCUCUAUCAGUGUUUAUUUAAUGGGUACAGUGUGUUUCAGCUAUAAAUACCACCAAAGUAUGAGCUGCUUUGUCAAAACUAAUGAGGAAUAUUUACUCUCUAUCUGCGCUCAGAGCCAAACCUCUGUCUGUUUCUAAGAUCCUUAUUUAUGAGCCGCACUAUCUCUCUUUAAGUUUCACUGGCGGGACCUUCCACCAUACUGUGCAGGGAGAGCCAAAGGGUUGUUAAAGGUUCAAGAUGGCUGCUUAACAAGUGUCUUUAGUCAAAGUGAAAAAUUCAAAUGUGUAAAGUUUUAUUACUCCAGGGGACUUUUCUUGGUUCAGUUAAUUCUCAGAAAUCAUAACCGGCUCAUAAAUGUGAACUUUUUUCACAUGUUUGUCUCUCCUAUUAGAAGCCCUCACCAUAUCUUUAUUACUCUAUUUUUCAUGUUCCACCUUACACAGUAUGUCUCUACCCUAAAGCUAAAAAGGUGGGUUAUUCCCCCUUAAGUAUCCCCCCUUCACACUCUUUUUCCUGAUUAUACCCUUUCCUACUCAUCUCAUGCCUGCUGGCAGUGGGACCCCACAGCCUGGUGAACCUACCACAUAUGCAACACAGAGAGAAAACACCCCACUUAGAUGAUUGUAGCAUUGAAUUUCAAGGAAUUUAGCAUUAUUAAACGCUCAUCAGAUUUAUUCUAUGAUUACAAAUGUACCAUUUUGAAUGAGCAGAAUUAGCAAACCCAAAAGUAGCUGCUUAGCAUAGGACUGGGUGAUUAUAUGAUUGUGAUAAAUUUCGGUUCGAUCACGGUGAUCACAGCCGAAAUGUGCAUCACAACAGCCAAUCAGAGUCGAGCUUUUUCCUGCUCACUUCUGUAAGUUAAAUGACCGAAUGUGGAGCUAAGCGCGGGGCUUAGGGCAGCAAAAAAAGAUGUCAGUCGUGACUUUGAGUCAUCCUCCGAAGAUGUUAUUGUUGAGAAGUUAUUCAGCGUUGGUUGUGUGGUGGUGGUUCAAAGUGACGUCGAGCAAUUAAGCCGAUGUACAAGGUAUCUUGGCGGUCGGUACCUCAAAAAACGGCAACACAACAGAUCUGUUUAGCAGUUUAGCGACAACUAGCGGUGCAGCCACCAGACCAAAGCAGCAACCAAUCGUAUCAUCUGCGUUUACAAUUUAAGACAGCUUUAUUAUUCCUGAGGGGGCGAUUUGUUUAUUUUGGGUCUUGCAUACCUGCAAAAACACUCAGAACUGUAAACUAGUUCACUGUAUUAUUUAGUAUUUAUCUACAUUUGUGGUACUGUUGAGUUAAAAUGUUUUUUAUAUUUUCCUAAGUUUACCUUCUCAGUUUGCUUUGUUAUUUACUUUGCAUGUUAAUAAAAUGUUGAACUAAUCUCUAGUUUCUUUAGUUUUUAGUACAGAUGCUUUAAAACUGGCAGUUUAAAAAAUAAUAGUGAUAAUAAUCGAGAUCGGACAACAUGACAAAAUAUAUCGUGAUUGUUCUUUUGCCAAAUCGCCCAGGCCUAGUUUAGCAUCUUUUCCCAUGUUCCCUCUGCCUUUUAUUCACACACUGACUGACACACAGGUCAGACUAAAGGAGCAAUCACUAGCAGACCACCUUGAAUUAGGAAAGCCUCUCUCUUUAUCCCCAGCAAAGAUCCAAUGUGUCUCAUGUCCUGAGGCUAUACUGACCCCGGGAGCACCAAACAGACUCCACCAACAACAACAUGAUUGGUCCUUCCUGAGGCUGGACUUAAAUAGCAUUAAGCACCACAGUGCAGCUGCGCUAGCACAAACACACUCACUCCACUUGACAUCAAACUCGACUUUGUCACUCCGUCUCAGGCCCUGUUUGGACACACAUUCUCUUCAACAGAGAGAAGUCAACGUGGCCUGUGCCUGUCUGUGUUGCGAAAGAAAGGAACAGGGAAUAAACCACAAAACAAAAUCAGUUAACCCCUUGCCCAAGUGGGAUUGAGGAAUAAAUGAACACAUUGUUGCCACUGGAUUGCCAAGGGCUCUAAUGUUUGAUGACCAAACAAAACUCUUAGCUGACUGUGUAAAUCUCUGUCUGAACCUGUCUACCCUCAAAUACUUUUAGCCUCUGAAUAGGCAUUAUUAUCAGAUUCUGUUGACACAAGUGUCCCGCACACACACACACAGACACACAGACGCUCAUAGAUACAGAUUCAUGCGCAAACACUGAUCCGCAUGCAAGGGCAGAUACACACCUAUGUGAAGGUGAGUCUGUUUUUUCUUUGAGGCAGAUUGAGAUCUGAAGGAUCACAUUUAUUUUCUUGAGUAGUUCGAGUGAUGCUAGAAAGACCUUAAGCGACCAAAGCAAACUGUGUUACAUCCAAAACUGCAGCUUCAUUACCUCACCGCCCCCGUUUUUAUCAAGGACACACAUAUAAAAAUGCUGACACGACUCCCCGGUUUAUUAACAUAUCAGGCUUAUGUCCAAAAAACUGCAUCGUCAUGGUUCAGAUGAUAAGUCUUUUCAUGCUCGGAGGAGUUGCACCAAUUCUGCAGGAAUGUAAACACUGUGUGGUGUAGUUUGUUGAGUGUGUGUUUAGUCUUGGCUUUUAGAAAUAAUUUCAUACUGUAGAAACACAGAACAGGAAAAAAAAAAAAAAAAAAACGUCUAUGUCUCCAGUCUGGUUUGGUAACAGAGCAAAUCAGUUAAGAGAGGGGACUGAACUAUGGGCAAUAAAAACCAGAUGGAGAAGCUGUGAGACUGUGGGCAGUGAGAGAGAGAGGAAGCGACGAGUCGGGUCAGGAGUGAGGACUGAUGGGUCAGUGGAGUUGAUCUCAUCUUGAGAAGACAUCAAGAGGAGGGUGGAGCAUUCGUAGCGCCCUUGAAAACAACCAAGCAGAGGGUCCUUGAACGAGCGAGGCAGGACACACACAAACAAAAAAGGAAAAAAGAAAAUAGAUAAAAAGUAAAGUAGAAACACUUAUGGGGAAUAAAGAUAUUUGUCUGUGACAGUGCUGCUUGUGCUUAAUGGGCCUCAGCCAAUUGUCUGGCUCUCUGUCCUGCUUUUCCAUCUUUCCGAGAACAGGGUCUUGACUCGGGCCCACACUGUAUCUCCUGCAUGGAAACUCUCCUCCCUCAUGAAAUGCAAAUAUAAAUUAUGAAAUCAUGUCCAUCAUUUCUUUUUUUUUUCCCCCCUCGAUUGCACAAAAGCAAUAAAAGCCCAGGUUUAUUAUUGUGGGGAAAUUACUCCAUAAACCUCUUAGCAAAAGCAUGGCACCUGAAAACACAUUUGAAGUUACCUAGUAAAACCUUCAAAGCAAAGCCAACACCACCUUGCACCCAUGUCCAAUGCCAAGUCUCCCACCCUCCCUCCCACACCCGCAUGAGAGCGCACCACAGCUUGGCUAGCAUCCUCCCCGUUUUUCUUUUCUUUGCAAAUGGGGGUGAGAGGCUGUUACCGUGUCAGUCGGCAUGGCCUCUUAUCAAACCAUCAGGCUACCCUCAGAUUCUCUUUCCAGAUGGAGGUGAGAUAGGGCCUCAGAGGCCCGGACCCCCGCAGACACUGAGAGCAUGGAGGCCUCCCCUGAUCUCCUACCUGAUGGAGGUGCUUUAAUGUGAGCUCAGGUUUCACUCGUCUCCCCCUGCCCGGCUGGGCCUGCGCUGGUGUCAGGAUGCAGGCACGUUUAGGGCUCUCCGGCCCAGGUUCUGAUGGGCCGCUGUCUGAGCUCCACUUUAGGGUUUAGCUCCAGGUCAAGGUGUUGUUGUGGGACACAGACUCACUGUGGUCUCUAUGCUGUUCUUACAAUGGAGGUGCAAUGGUGGGUUGUAUGCACAGGUACUCUCAGGCGGACAAGCUGGUCCUCAGAGGAGCUCUCAAUAAUAUCAGAGCUGCUGCUUACACUGAGCCUAAAGCAAAGAGAGGAUAGAAAGAAGAAAUCCUGUGAUAAGAAAAAGCUCGGAGGAGUAAAUGAGGGAGAUUAGUCGAAGGAACUUCUGCACAUUAAUAGAGACAGAUCAAGAGAGACAGAGGGGGAGGAGGAGGGAGGAAUUUGGGGUUAGAGAGGAAUCCAUGCACCUUUUAUUGUUGCGCAAACUUGUAUUUAAGACCUGCAUGAACAUUUUUCCUUUUAUUAACAUAGUUUCACUUAUGCCCAAGGGCUUUUUAGUGAUAAAUGAAUAUUUGUGCAUGUACCACCAAUUACACUUUUUCAGCCUCCCUUUUUGAUGUCUGGGCCUUUGUAUUUGUGCGCAUGAUUCAUAUGCAAGCAAACUCACAAAUAUAUGUGGUUAUAAAGGUUUAAGGCUUGCCGUCUGUGAGUGCAAUAGCAGUCUCCCAUCAGGAGUGCAGAUUCCACCCAUAUCAUUUGAACAUUGGCACACCUUGGCCGGACUCGGGAAACUCACCUCCAUUCCACAGAGAGCCCUCCAUCAUUCCUCACAGGAUUAGAGGCAAAAAAAGAGAAACAAGGGUAGAGAGAGGGGGAGAGUUCAAGGGAGGGAUUGAUCUUUUACUUUUUUGUAUCUGGCAGAGUCUUAACUGCAAUUUAGCUGGAAUAAUACAAGUCUUCAAAUUGCUACCAUUAACUCCUUCUGUCUUUCUUCCUCUCUGUCUCUCUUCAUUUUAAACCAGAUGUCAGUUUGUGAAGAUACGUGGAGUCAGUGCAAGCUAGUGAAGCUCGAGUCUGACUGAGAGGAGAGCCCAGAAACGGCCCAUGAAAAGUGAAGAUUUUGUCUGACUCACUUACAGAUGCACGCUGCCUCACCAUGGGACUUUAAUGAGUUUGAUACAUGAGAUUUUCUUUCUUUUUUUUUCAUCAACAGUCAACUCCACCUAGUGGUGUUGGGACUGAACAGAUUUCUGGCUGCAGGGUGGAAUAAAAAACUGCAAUAAGAGAAAUGUUACACCAGCAAUUGUUUGUCUCUUUACCCUGGGAUUGUUGGAAAAGAGAGGAUAAAUACUGAGGUUUUGGAUUGGACUCCCUUGAAAGCUACAAAUGGUGCAGAUAAUGUUGCCGUCGAGAUCUGGCUCAGCACAUCGGUGGCAGAGGCUGUCCGUUGUUCGAGAGCAGACCGGGUCUCCUCAGCCCCUCUCAGCCUGGCAUCUGUGAGACUUGCUCACACUUGCUUUCACCCAGCAUGUGUUUGCUCAGAUGAAGGAAAUUAUGUAAUUAGCCUUUGAGGGAUUGUUUUCGUUCACUCUUUACCCCCUCUCUCUCCUGCUCUCUGCCUUUACCCCUCUGUCUGCCUUUCUCUCAUCUUUUUGUUUUUUUACACUCUCUCUCCUUUUUGGCUUCUGUGACAGCAGAAGGUGGUUACAAUUUAAACCCCAGCCACACCCUCUCUCACCUCAUUCAUCAAUUACCGAGACCAUCAGUGGAAGAAAAUGAGUGUUUGUCAUCUUAACUUUUGAAGAGCGGCUUUGUGUAACAUCAAAGAGGGAGCUGUGAAAGGUGUAUAAGGGAGUGGAAAUGGAAGCUUUCGGUGGGGAGGCUGUGUCGGGCUGGGAGAUGGGUGCAGGGGUACACACAGGCAGGAUCGAGGGGGGGAGGGGGGUAGGAGGAAAACCUGGCAUUUUGCUCUCUAAUUCCAGCCGGCCUGGAGGCCUGGAGCGCUAAGAAGGGCCUCACUGUUGCUCUCUGGAUCAGCCAGGUAUUGCUUACAUAAAAAGCAAGUGAAAACAGCUGUAGGGAUAAUUAGCUUGAUUCUCCAUUACAUGCCAUGAGGGCCAAUAACUAAAAAAUGGAGUUUUGUUUGGGUUAGGGCUGCAGCCCCAACCAGGAGGAAGUUGUAAAAGUCAAGCAAAAAAAAAGAAAGUGAGAGGGGGAAAAAGGAAAAAUGUAGGGAAGAAAGAGCGAGCUCUUGAAGCAGUUGUUGCGGGGAAGAUGUUCUCGCUUCCUGGGACGUCGAGAUGUAAACAAUCAUUUUCAUGGGUUGUAAAUUGCUGUGCUUUUAAAAUGAUUGGAUUGACAUGUUCUCACUGCUCUUUUUGGACCUAUUAAAUACAUAAUCUGAGUUUUAAGCUGUGGGAACCUCCUGACCUACAAUGAAUUAAAAUUAGGACAAAUUUUAUUUUAUUUAUUAUUUUUAUCACAGUCCCUAUAAUGGAUGAGCAUCGCUGCCUUUCUAUGGAGCAAUAAAGAUGCUAUAUAAUCUCUUUUUUUGCAAUGUAAGAGCUUUUUAAUCAGUAUACCAUCCACUUACUGCUUACAGUUAUUCAGGAAUGUGAUAAGAGGGGCGAUUUGUUUCAGUAGUGUCAGCUUUAACGGAGCAUCACUCAAAUUUGCGACUCGUCUUAUCUUGUUGAAGUGGUCAGUGGACUUUUAAAAUCAAAUAUGUAAUAUUUCUGUUGUCAGGUCUCGAGUCUGUAUUUACUCAAUAUUGCAACAGAAAGACAUAUGUAUGACAGAACAGUGAGAAAGCAAGACCUGUUGUCACAUUCCUCUCAAUAUCUGCCCCUUUUCAACAUGACUGGCUUGUCUUACAUGUGUCCUCUUGGUACAGAGUGAGGUGAGUUAGGGAGAGUGGGGUUAGGUGGACGGAUUUUUGUACUGGUAAUUUAAUUUGGUGUGUUUCUCUUUUUUUUCUGAAGGAGUGAAAGGACACUAACCACAGGGUAAUUCCGAGUGAAAGAGCAGCACUUUAACAUUGGUGGUCCCAGAGCUCUGCAAGGAUCUCUUUAACAGGCAGUUUAUAUUAGUAGCACUCAAAGACGAGAAGGGGUUCAACCGCUCAUAUCCAGGCUCUCAGGCUUCACAUUCAAUCCUCAGGACUGUGACAGACAGCUGGACAGAAAAACAAACUGCAACUUUUGAAGAAAAUAAUAGUGGACUCACAAAAUCAACACCUUACAGUCUCAUUAAGAUUAUCUACCUGUUUUUAUUCAGUAUUCAGCGUCAAAAGAUCCUUCAUUCUUGUCACAGUGUUACUCAGGGUAAAUGUUUCAAUCAUUUUCCUGUCAGACACAGGCCAAACCAGUAUUAAUAUGAGAAAGUGUUCACCCUGUCCGGUACCGCCAUCAAGCACACAGAGAGUGGAGGAGUGGGGAGGAGGAUGGGGGUUAACGCAGGGAGGAGAAGAUAGGAAUGGCUGAUUGGAGUUGGAAGGAGAUGAUGGCUGACUUCUGCAAAAGAGGGAAAGAGGGAGACUAUGUUUUGAAAUUUUGAAGGUAUGUGUUUUUAUGGCAGCCGUUUUUGAGUGAUUGGCACAGUGCGUGAUAAGUUGAAGUGAGGAAAACCUGAGAGGAAAGGCAUUAAUAAGGAAGCUUUUUUGUUUUUUUUCCCUGUUACUGAACCUCCUUAAGGUGAAGCGCUUUAAUAUGAUAAUGGGAGGGUUGGAUCUGCUCUGUUGGAGUGUCGAGUGAUAUUGUUAGUUUUAUCAGUAGCUGUUUCUGUGAAGAUUCAGCUCAUGAUUACAAUGAAAUCUAUCACAUUCCUAGCCAGACUCUACAGCCAAGCUUUUGCACAUGGCCAGUGUCUGUCUGAUAAAUGAAAUCUCCAUGUGUGUUUACGACUUUGUGUCAAGUGUCCUCUCUUGUGCGCUAUUGGCUAGAAAAAUUAUAAGCAGGAAUUUUAUAUCAAGCAUCAUUCCAACGCUGGAAAAGUAUCAAUUGAAAUGAGUCAUCUGAAGGAACUGACAGAAGAGCAGGGUUUGAUUUCACUUGUUUUCAAUCUUAUUCUACAUAUUUCAAUGUUUUCUGUUAAUCAGUUACAGGGUUGCAGUGACUGCAAACUUGUAGAAAUGUUCACGUGAGUGUACAUUGCAGCUGGAGGGUUUUUGCUGUCUGCAGCUGAUGAUGCAGAAAAUUGUGGACAAUGACCUUUGGGCUGAAAAGGCUUUAAGUGGCCUGUUGCAGCCAUUUGAGCGCACUAAAUUAUCCGGAGCGUGGUUGUAGCUUUCCGGGCUAACAUAAUAUGCUUUGCUUUGUCACAUGUUUCCAAAGCGGCCGUAAUCAUAACCACGAAUGCAGGACUUACACUCAAGCGCAUAAAACUCCAUAUGAUUUUAGCGCUCCGUCAACACGUUGACAUGCAAAAUAAUCACGAGCCGAUAAGCAUACACACAUACGUGACCGCAUAAAGCAACACACACUUCCUCAUUAACAACACGAAACACAGGCGUCACAGCUAAGUUUGUGUAGUGAAUGCAUCUGUUGUGUGCAGGUAGUGAGGUGUUGACAGAGAAGAAAGAGGAGCGCUCUUCAAACACAUCCACACUCAGGUCAUGCUCUCCAUUAUGCCCUACCGGGGGGACAUAUUUGUUGAUUCUCUGGCCCCAGAAUCAUUAAUUUUGGUGCAGACGACGGCAAAGAAACUUGAGAAUGGUGCCCAGCAUGCAUGCACAAAUUCACACAUACACACACACGAAAAAAGUGUACAUGUGCAGACAUGGAUUGAGUCACACGUACACAUGCACUGCGUUACAAAUGAUAGCACUAUAAUUGCUUUACUUGUUUAUUUACUCCGGACUGUAAUGGAUGGUCCCUCUCUGCAUGGCAGCCAAUCAGAGGGGAACAGGAAGAGUGUGAGCAGCCUCGUAGGGCGGACACUCAGAUGUAUAAGUACUAUGUUGUGCUAAAGAUAGUGCAGUUGUAAUGUCCAAACUUUACCUGCAGUUCCCCCAACAUACAGUGUUUUUAUUGCAGCUCCUUUACUAUGCACCUCUCUUGAGUGACUGAUGAUAACGUCUUCAGUGAUUGGUAGUUAUUUUGGGGCCUGUUUGCUCAGCCAAUGAGGCGCCCCCAGCAAGCUAGACAUACAUCAUUGUUUCCUUUUUCUUCCCUAGCCUAGCCCUCAGGAAAAGAAGUGAGUUGUUGCUGACUGCUGCACGGCCUGAAUAACAGACACAUUCCGAUAGACGUUUUUUCCCUUUUUUAUUAAUGAGCGCUUGAUGUUUGGCCCGCUGCCAACUGCAUUUAGGGCAUUCUUAAGGAGCUCUGGAAGCUCGCCAGACAGCUAAAGGAAGAAAAUGGCCAACCUAAGGCAAAGAAAAACUAAAUAUCUGCAGUAGACUUGAGCGUCUGAGAUCUCUUUGUCCGUUAGUGAGAGAUGUAUUCAUGAUGGUAAUGAUGUAACCUUUUAGGAGACAGCGGAGGAAAUUAAAAACAACUUAAGACCCUUGGCAAAAUGAUGCAUCUUCAUAUCCCUUUGUGGAGUUAAGCAUUUGUUUUUCAUUCUUUUUGGUUGACUCGCAUACUGACUCUUUUUGUCUCUUUGUUUUUUCGUUUUUUUUUGUUGUUUUUUUUCUGCAGCUGCUUGUAGAGCCAGGUACCAAGAGGUUCAAGAGCUGUGAGUCCACACAGUCAAGCAGCCCAAAUCUCCCCACCGUCACAGCCGUCAUAUCCACAAAUGUAUACAUCCUCCAGGGGUCCAGCGUAUCAAUUUAUUAUGGACAAGUUCAGCUGGUCACAAAUUCUCCAUCUUACCCAUGA